UAAGGUCUAACAUUCGGGCAUUUAACAAUGGUUUCUUUGACAGGAAAUAAAGUUGCUGCCUUUUUUACAAUAUUUUUCAUCACAUUCCUCUUCGGCUUGAUACCCCCCAUAGUUGUGAGAUGUUUAAAGGGAAGGUUUAUCAGAUGGAGAAUCCAGAAUGUCAUCAGUCACCUGAAUUGUUUCGCUGGCGGAGUGUUUUUCGGAACCGCAAUGUUACAUCUGUUGGCAGAAUCUGAAGAAGACAUGAGAGAAGCCUUGGAUGGAAGGAACGGCACAACAAUCCACUACCCUGUUCAUGAGGUAACCGUAAGUUGUGGAUUCUUCAUCAUUCUUAUCUUGGAGGUAGUACUUUUAAGAAUAAUGCGUGGAGUUGGGCAUGGCCCGGGGGAGAACAAUGACUGCUCCCAGAAAACUCGUGACGGUUACAAACCACUUCCGGAAAGUAGCAAAACGAUUCCUGAUGCGGAGACUGUAGAAGAUCAUCUCUCUGCUUCAGGUGUACAUGAUGACGUCAGAGAGGCUAUCCUGGUGGCACCAUCUCCACUCCGGGCGUGUCUCUUUGUCCUGGCCUUGUCUCUACAUAUGAUAUUUGAAGGUCUGGCUGUUGGUCUACAGGAGACGGAAUUAACAAUCUGGUCUCUGGUGCUGGCAAUAUCCUUACACAAGUGUGUUGUGUCGUUCAGUGUUGGAAUGGAGAUGCACCAAAUUUUGGGAACCGGGUGUAAAAUAGUCGCCUUUCUUCUUGUGUUCUCGAUACUGUCGUCUGCCGGAGUCCUUAUAGGCAUGGCUGUCACACAGGACGGCCCCAAUCAGGCGCUGACUAUUGGGAUCUUGCAGAGUAUAGCCACGGGAACAUUUUUCUAUGUGACAUUCUUUGAGAUUCUACAUCGAGAAUUUUCCCACUGUCACAGUAUUACCAAACUUCUCGUCUGUUUAAGUGGGUACGCUGUUGUUGCAGGACUAAAAACUUUAGAACAGGACUGAAUCUUAAUCUGAUAUAGAACAUCUUCAAGGAUGUGUCUUACAACUAUGUGUACCAUAUUAGUAUUAUAAAACUGCCAUCUGUUUUAAAAACCCCUCCCUAAAGUCAUUACUAUUUUUUAGAAGUCUCCAGUACAUUGUAUUAAUAUUCUUGUUGAUACGUUUUUCACAUUCUGGGUGAGUACCUGGUUACGUUCAUAGUAAACUGUUUGUAUUGAUAUUAAUAGUGCUUUUGUUUAAUGAAAUCAAAUGAUAGUGCUUUUGUGUAAUGAAAUCAAAUGAACAAACAAAAGCAAAAUUAUGAUAUUCAUGUACGUGGUUUCAUAAAAAAUGUGAACUCAAAACCGGAAUUGAAUGGGAAGUUUGAGCUGUGCCAAAAUAAAUGUGUUAACAGUAUAUUACUGUAUUAAUUAAACAAACAAAUGAACAUUGUAUUAAGUUUUUGAAGUUAAAAGAAUAAUAUAUUCAGUAUAACCAAACAAAGUUUUCUUGUUUUAUAAUGUUGCCUACUUCCUCACUUGGAGGAAAUCUUUUGAAGGACCAGUGCAAGUUUAAUCUUCCUAGUAUGGUUUAAAGAGAGAUAAUGAAGAGAAAUGAGUCAAACUAAGAGAAAUUCUAGACCCUGGAAGAGUUUCAAGUGCAUAACGACUUUACAACUUGUAUAUUAAUGUUUUUACUGACCAAGAACUCAAAUUUUGUGACUGUUUUUUUUUU